UUUUUGCGUUUUUGGUUUGUUUGUUUUGAGACUGGGCAAGUGUGAAGGAGUGAUGAAGCGUCAUGUGCUUAGCUGUUUACCGUACGCUUCUCAGCUGCCGCGAGCCCUCGUGCAGGGUCAUUUCACCGCCGCCAAAGUCGGAGAGCCGUGUCCCGGUGGUCCGUGCGGUUGUCUAUAAUCGCCCUCGGUAAGCAAGGCAAUGCAGUACGCCCGCCACUGCCUCCGCCGCAUUGUAGACCAGUGGCGGCGUUGUUUACCUUCAGACAGUGCUGGCGUUUCAUUGUUCGUAAGGUCGUCAUGUGAGUGAACCGAGCAAGCGCGCCGCGGUUUGUUCGGAGAGACAAGACGCGCGGGAACGAGCUUUGAGCUCGUUUAUCGGGCAUCUUUCGGACGUCGCUGGCUCGGGGCUGGAUGAGUGUGGUCUUGCCAUCCGACCCGACGAUCAGCUGACGGCGCGGCCAUGGGUAGCGCGUCGAGCAAGUUUCGAAGGCACCUACAGAACGGCGACGAAUACUCGGCGCUGCAAGUGUUCGAGACCAACCCCGAACUGCGCAAAACGGUCGACCCCAACUGUUUCUACUGGGAUCCGGGGAACCAGUGCACGCCGCUGCACCUGGCUGCGAGGCAUGCCAUGAAGCCGCUCCUGAGGGUGUUCCUGGAGGACAUGCAGGGUGAUCCAAAUGUGCGCACAGGCAAGGGAGAAACGGCCCUGCACCUGGCCAGCCGGGUACCAUACAACGUCCAUGCCAGGACAUCUAGCGCCGCCAGCCGAAGAGCCGCCUGCCUUGCACUCCUCGUCCUGUGGCGUGGCUCGGAGGGGGAGACCGUGUUGCUGGAUGCACAGGACCAGGAUGGGAACACUGCAUUACACUAUGCUGCUGCUUCAGGGAUCAAGAAGUGUGUGGAGCUCUUGGUGUCUCAAAAGGCGUCUCUGUUUGUGGAGAACAACCAGAAGGAGACUGCCUGCGACGUUGCCAGCCGUGCCCACCACACCUCCGUGGCAGAGUACCUCGAGAUUAAAAUGGUGUUUUCUGACCGUGUUACCAUUGAGCCAGAAGAACAGCACCUCACGGUCGAUGCUUCUGACAAGGGCUCGACCGGACUUCGGCCACAGGACCUUCAGGAGGCCAAAGACCUGCUGCUUGUGGAAACAUCUGACAUGUUCCAUGUCCCCCUCUUCACUGCAGAGGCGCUUUUAAGGACACACGACUGGAGCCAGGUGGCCCUGCUGGAGGCCUGGGUUCAGGACCCCGUAGGAUGCUGCCUGGGCGCUGGAGUGCAGCCCACCACCUCAGCCCUCCACGCCCGGGACGUGGGGCCUGGUCCGGACCCCCGGCUGGUCACCCAGGAGUUCCAGGACGCCUCGCUCAACUCCCCGCGCGCCCAGGCCUGCCACCUGCCCCCCAAGACCCCCUGCAACAUCUGCUCCGAGCCGAUGCGGGACGAUCCUGUGGCUGUGCCCUGCCAACACCACUUCUGCUUCUCAUGCUGGCAGUGCUACCUGACGCUCAAGAUCCAGGAAGGCAGCGUGAAAGGCAUAGUGUGCCCGGCCGUGGACUGUCCCCAGCUGGUACCCGUGGACGUGAUCGAGCAGCUGGUCAGCCCGGAGAUGGUGCGGCGCUACCUCCAGUUCGACAUAGAGGCCUUUGUGGAAACGAACCCGGACAUCAAGUGGUGCCCCUGGGCAGGCUGUGGGCGUGCCGUCAAGCUGCCGGUCAUCGCCAAACCCCCUGUGCUCCCCCACAGGGCUCCGCCGGUUUCCCACGCCGUGGACUGCGGCAACGGGCACUACUUCUGCUGGGAAUGCCGGGGUGGCGCACACGCACCAUGCUCCUGUGACCUCUGGAAGCAGUGGCGCACCAAGGUUGCCGAAGUCAAGCCGGAAGAAUUGGAGAGUGCCUGGUGCCACACUGAGGAUGCCGCUAACUCCCUCUGGAUGGUGACGAACUCCAAGCCGUGUCCCUCCUGCAAGUCUCCCAUCCAGAAGAAUGAGGGCUGCAAUCACCUCAAGUGCUACAAGUGCAAGCAUGACUUCUGCUGGGUGUGCCUAGAUCCGUGGCGCAAGCACAACUCUGCCACUGGAGGCUACUUCCGCUGCAACCGCUUCGAGGCUGUACACCGUGCGGAGGAGAGGGCGAACACCAUCAUCAGCGAGGCCGAGGCCAAGAACAAGGAGAUGCGGGAACUGCAGAGGUUUGCCUACUACUACACCCAUUUCAAGGAACACGAGAGCAGUCACCAGACGGAGGAGGCCCUGCUGGAACGGGCUGCAGAGAAGGAGGAGCUCUGGCUGUCUGAGCUCGGCCCUGGGGAGGAGAAUCAGUCGCAGGCGCGUUUCCUGUGCAGCGCGGUGCAGGAGUUGCUGCGCGCGCGGAGGAUCCUCUGCGGCUCGUAUGCCUACGGUUUCUACCUGUACGAGGACGGCUACGGCCGCACCGUGUUUGAUCUGAUGCAGCGUGACCUCGAGGAAGCCUCUGGCAAGCUCUCCGGCAUGCUGUGCGGGCGCCACCUGCGGUGCCCUCGGCGAGUCGUGGUCGAAGCGACUGACAGGGUGGCGCGUAAACGCCUGGAGCUGCUGCGGGCAGUGGCCCAGGGAUUGGUACCCCCCGAGAGCCCACCCAGAGCCCCCCGGGGAGUUCGGAAGAGGCCCUACCCGACUGUGCUUGGGCUAGACCCUCCCGAAGACGAGCAAGUGUUGCUGGCGCUGUUGGAGUCUGUCGGAGACGCCCCGCUGGACGAUCCUUGGGUCAAGGACGUCCGAGGAUGCCACGCCAACGUUGCCGCCCUCUUCGACUGGCCUCCUGAAAACGACAGCAACUCCUCGGCUGACGAGGAUGCAGAAGACCUCUUCGGCGAUGUCCUUGGUGUGUGCGCCAGGGAUGGUUGCAGCAGGCCGCGGGCACGUAACCCCAGGACGCGAGAGAUGCACGAGCACUGCUCCUUCAAGUGCCAUCGGCUCGACAGAAACAAGGACGUGCGGCCGGCGCGGUACGAGGCGGAGUUCUCGAUGGACCUUCUCAUUGCACUCGAGAUGUCUCGGCUACAGAUGAUCGAGGACCAGCGUCGCUUCGAGCAGAAUCAAAAGAAUGGAGAGCCAGCGAGCAGCGGGGAUGCGGGAAUGUUGUCAGAGUCCCUGCGCUCGCAGUUAGCAGAACAGAGGGCGGAGGCAGAAGCUCUCGUGGAGGCCAUCCAGGAGCACUACAGGCAGCACGCGGGUUCUGGCAGAAGCCAAGAUACUAACUCGGAACGGCAGGAAGCAGGGGGAUCGGGGGGUGCACUGUCUCCAGCGAGUCCAUACGGGGGCGCCACGCCGUCCUCAGAAUCGGGGCGUGUCGGGGACGCGGGUGGCGUUCGCCCUCUGGGGACCAGAAACCUGGCCACAGGUGCCUCGGACAACAGCCACAAGCUGGACAAGCAGCUGUUCGGCACACAGUCCAAGGGACCCUGAAACCGACCUCGUCGGGUGUUGCUGCCCCCCACAGGGUCCCAUCCGAGGCAUCUCCCCUGCGUCAAACCUCUACCAUUGGGAGUCUCCUAUUUUUGGGCAUUUUGGGGCAGUGGGUCGUCUGUUUCUGGAGUUUUGAGCUGCGGUCCUUUGUAAGGAAUGGCGUGGGCUUCAUUUUUCUUUAAAUUUCACGUGCCAUUUACUAGGUAGGGGAAAUCUAGUGUCGUCGUGAAAUUCUAGGCGAUUCGGAGAAGUCUGAGAUUUUGGUCGGGGAAAAGUUUAUGUAGUCGUUAACAAGGAGGGGACGGCAGAGAGGGGUUUUGGUUGUCCUGCCUCUUGCGCAUGCUUCCUACCUUGGAGAAUGCUUCGUCGUGUACACCUUGGGUGUGCGCGCGCAGUCAAAGUGCGGUGAAAGGCACGGAGUGCGUACUUGAGCCCGGGCACCCCAAAGACGUCCUCUGCCGUUCUUGUUGUCAGUGACACAAGGAGAUUGCUGAAAAUGUUACUCUCUUACUCUGCGGGCACGCACGUUCAAAACUUUCCGAGUCUUUGAUCGACCGUGCCAGCUACAGAAACCAGUCGAAAUUCGGUUAGGUGUCGUCAAAGUUUAAUUCCAAAUUUAUUUUGGGUGGCGGCGCGCCAUUGGCAUGAGUCUGGCGCACCUUUACUUUUCUAAAAAAAAAUAAUUCUAGACGUCUCCGUUCCGCCGAAUAUGGAAAUGAACGCAACCUCAGUUGCCGGCGGAAAGACGGAAAACCGGGCGAUCGAGAACCAUAAUCAUAGUAGCCAACCUGUUUGUGUGUGUGUUGCGUGUCUGCUUGACAAAUGUUCAUGACGCGUUCCUCGUCCCUUUUUUAAAGGAACAAUUUUUUUUAGAGUGUGCAGAGGCUGUCGAACGUUUUGGGUCGUGUCUGGUUUCAGGCACGACCCCAAUCGCCGCUACUAUGCCCCGCCUACACUAGUCUGCCCGGUCCGUAGUACGGGGCCGUAUUUUAGAAGCGCGUCGCCAAGUUGUGUAAUUGAGAGCCGCCGUUGCUGGUAACGGCGGCUCUCGCGCGUCUUGCCUCCGGUCACCCGUGCCUCUUUCCGACGCGCCGGUAGACGUACCGCCCUUGCGGAGAGCGCAACAACGACGCGGGCAUAACGUCACGAGUUGCGUUGAAGGCAUUUAAACCGACACCGUUUUGCCACUGUAGUGUAUGACCGCGGCGAAGAAUAGACAGAGUGCCUGAAAGUUCGGCAGUUUCUCUUUUCCGCGUCACUAGCUUCAAUAUUGUCGAUUUAAAGAAAGAUUUUUUUUUUUUUUUUCGUCUCAAUAAGCCGUGUGGGGUUGGACUUGGGUGUACUGCCACUAGCGACAGGUCGAAGCAGCAGAAGAACCGGCAGCACACACACCGAAGUAUGUACACAAGUGAAGUGCGUCGACGGAACCACGCUGCCGACGCAGUAUUUCCGCGCUUCAAACGGGCGGGAUUUUAACUUAAAGUGUUAGGUAGUUCGUGGCUAGUGGUCUUUGUGCUCCCGAAUGGAGUAGCUAUACUCUCGGUGGGGUUAUAUUUUUGUACCGAAUGCCUUUUUGUAUCUGCAUGCGUGUGGCUGGCAUUGUCGGCACCGCCACUGGUAGCACAGGGUUGAGCGUGACCCCAGUAUUUCUUUUACUUCUCUCUAAGGGCACAGCCUUUUCUACUCCCUCUGGGGUGCUCGGUUGGUUUCGCCGGAUCGAAACCGACGCGUUGUUUGACGCCCCUUGCGUUGUGUAUGGGAAGUUCAGUGGUUUGGGCGGGGUGUGCCCGCCGCAAGAGUGACUGAUGACUCCAUCGUUUUUGCGGACGAUCCCUCCUAAAAGCCACGUCCUUCGGACAAACGUUCGACCAACGCGUCUCGCAGAUGUGGGAAAAUCCGUUUGCUGCCGUCUGUUCACGUUUCGACAGUAACAUUGUUUCUUUGUUUUCACUUUGUUGGUGAGUAAGGUUUGUCAAUCGUUCGCCUAAUUGAACUCUGCUCUCAUAGCCUUGUUUUACGAGACAAACGUUGCACAAGCGCUGCUUACAGAUACGCCACUAUCGUCCUUCCUUAGAUUUAAGCCUAAGAAAGGUUGAUAAGAAGCGGUGCCGUGUGAGCGACCGCUUAUCUUGGGAAGUGCGGCGUCCCUGACAAUUUCGAGUGAAGUUAAAUGCCGCUUCAUUUUUAAACUUUCCCAAAAACUUUGGUUGAACGUUUCAACUAAAGUUGGCGAUACGUCGCAAGAUUAAAAUAUUUGAGCAUAGGCUUCAAAUUUUGAGCUCGUUGAAAAAGAAAUGAAUUCCAAACAAGAAGAGGCCGCGCGAAAUUAAGGAAAUAUAAUAUAACGGACCGGUAACGAGCAAGACCGAUCGAAUCGAGGCCGCGUUAAGUCGGCAUAUAAAUGCCCGACAGGUGGGCAAAAGCCUUAAGAGACUGCGUCGUCUGCCGACUGGCGUGUUUACCGUGCCCUCAACAUUCGAAUAAUGCCCGACGACUUCACAAAAGUGUCGCGUCGUCGCCGGCCGCGAUCCUGGCCUGUUCCGCGGCAGGUCACUCUCCACUGUGACAGUCUGCAGGAGCAUUGGCAGCCAGGGGUUGGGACGCCACAGCCACUGCGACAUUUGCAUUUGCUCGUGCUUUUUGCCAGAACUUCCACUUCCAACCGUCGGCAUGACACUCCGGCUUUUGCGACGUCAUUUUUUGCCACUUCGGAACUGCUUUCGAUCCGUGGACGGAAGGGACACUACACACACCAGUCGGAGACGCAUGGCAGGCACCGUAGUAGAAGUUGCUUUCCUUAGUAUGUCGGCGAGGAGCGUUGGUCGCUCGUUUGCCCCGUGGGAACGGGCCGCGAGGGACUCUAGUCCCUGUGUUUGCGGGACGCCAAGCAUUUCUCUUACCUCUAAGUGCCUUGGCUGGUCGUGAAGCAGGCAUUGUUCCUCCUUUCUGAGACUGGGUUUUAACUUAUGACGCCGGGGAUGCGCUCGUAUUUUGCGCUUUUUUCCGACCGCUCCACGCGCAUGGUGCGAAAAGAAACCGAGAGAUCGACGUUUUCGUCGAACGCUCUUUCGUCCCGUGCAACGCGGUGUGCUUCCAGCUACGUUUUUUUUGUUUGUGUAAGCGUGAGAAGUUGAGUUAGGAGCUGAACGCUUGAUUGUCGAAGUACCGCGUAGCUCUCCUUUUAGACGUUGCAUUUUUAUUUGUCAUUGUACGGGCUGUGUUUUUCUCUGCAGUGCACAAUAAACGUGGUUGAAGAGUG